AUGACCAUAGCCACAUUUGAACUCGUGGAAUACUCCACAAGGAGCGAAGUCCCCUUCGAGACUGGCGAUGACCGAGGAAACGGUGCAUCCGCUACAGUCUAUGAAGCAAGAAGAAGAAGCAAGACGAAAACAACCGAGUACAUCUUCGCCGCAAAAGUAUUCUAUCUACCACCAAACCACAAACACCGGGAGCUCCAAAGGGCCAAAAUCCAACAUGAGGCCGAUUUGAUUCUCAAGGCAAGGCAUGAGCAUACAAUCUCACUAGUUACUACAUACAUAUUCAACAACAAGGUCUAUAUCAUCAUGGAACCUCUUGCAGACCAAAAUCUUGAGAAUUACCUAUAUAAUACUAUAGCUCAGGAACCUGUCAGACGCCAAAGACAGCAGAAUCAGAUCCUCUCCUGGUUCGGAUGUUUGAUUAGUGGCUUAGCGUAUCUGCAUGAAUUACUCAUUCGCCAUCGAGAUAUCAAGCCUCAGAAUAUCCUGAUUCACGGCGACCGUGUCCUAUUAGCAGAUUUUGGCAUUGCGACUGACAACCAAACGAUGACUGUUUCGGGGAGUACUACUGCUGGCGGAACUGAUUUAUAUAGACCUCCGGAAUGGAAGCAGAUACGUCCUGGUGUCUGGACACGUCCAGGAAGAUCCGGAGAUGUAUUCUCUCUGGGAGCUGUGUUUUUGGAUAUGCUACUGGUCUAUUCUGGUCAGACGCUUAGUGCAGUGUGUGAUAUUGACGGUAGACAUCUUGUAUACCGAGACCAUUCGGAUAGGUGGCUAUCGGAACUUGGCAGCUUACCUUUGCCGGAUGUUGAGUGGUAUUCGACAAUGCUUCUUGUUUGUCGGAGUAUGUUGCAAAUAUUUCCUGAAGAGCGUCCGCGCGUGGAGGAUUUGAAGGUGUGUUGGGCUUAUCAACCCUUUCGAGUUGUUCCUGCCGCGCACUGCGGUUGUCAUGCGAACAUUGAACUGGCAGCAAAGGAUGCAAGUGACGUUCUGAUGAGCGCGUGUAGCAGAGGAUAUGAGUACGUUGUGCGAAUUAUGUUGCAGAGAGGGUUUAAUGUCAAUCUGAAGGACACCGUAACCGGUACAACAUUGCUUUCAUGCGCAGCUAGCAGUGGAAUGGAAAAUGUGGUAAAGUUUCUCAUUGAAAAUGGGGCAGACCUUGAAGAAACGGAUAUAUAUGGCCGUACAGCACUGUCAUGGGCUGCAGAAAGAGGUUACCAGGAAGUGACACAGCUUCUUCUGAACAACGGUGCAAUGGCACUAGGCACGGAUAGUACCGGCCGUACAGCGUUAUCUUGGGCCGCUGGGAACGGUCAUGAAUCGGUAGUUGAGCUUCUUCUCGAAAACGGUGCCAAGAUCCAAGACAUGGAUAAGACUGGACGUACAGUACUCUCAUGGGCUGCUCAGAGUGGCUCUAGGGCAGUGGUGGAACUCCUUCUGCAGGAGGGCGCGGAAAUUGAAGGGAAGGAUGAGGAUGGACAUACAGGACUUUCUUGGGCUGCCCAGCAUGGUCGCCUGGCAGUGGUAGAGCUUCUCCUACAGAAGGGGGCUAAGUUUCAGACAGUGGAUGACACGGGACGUACGGCACUCUCAUGGGCUUUUAAAAGGGGUCAUCAGGCUGUAGUGGAGCUUUUACUUCAACACGCUGCGAAUGACACCACUGCAGAUGCUUCUGGAGAAACAUUAGUAGCGCCAAAUACUGAGAUUAGCCUACACGGGAUGAGCAGGAUCCAGAAACUGUAUGGGAAGGAUAAUGUUGACCUAUCGGUCCGAGGUGUCAAUGCAGUCCCAAUGAGCCAAGAGACAAGAUCUGGAACCCCAUUGAGUAUUGGACAAGGAUACGUGCAAGUCAUGGUAAUGAGAGGAAGGAAAGAGGACUACGAUAAACUUUCUGUGCUAUGGAGAGCCAUUGCACUCGGAGACAGCCUGACAGCAAAUGGUAUACUAGACGAAAGCCCAAAUAUCCAAGCGCCAAACACAGUGGGUCAGACCGUAUUGUGCUGGGCAGCUGAGCAUGGAAGCAAUGCCAUGGUGGAAUUGCUUCUCGAUCGCGGAAUAGACUGCGAGUUUCCGAGUUACGACGGGCAAACGCCAUUAUCGUGGGCCGCUGGUUACGGAAGAGAUUCCACAGUGAGGCUGUUGCUUGCUCGAGGAUCUUGCAUCGAAAGACGCAGUAAAAAUGGUCAAACGCCGCUGUCAUGGGCCGCGAUGUGCGGACAAGUCUCUACGGUGGAACUACUUCUCGAGAAGGGAGCUGAUAUAGAAAGUCGAAGUAUCAGCGGUCAGACACCGCUGUCUUGGGCGGCGAUGUACGGUCAGAGGGACACGGUUGGGCUACUCCUAGAGAAAGGGGCAGAUCUUGAUACUCGGAGCAACAACGGGAAGUCAUCGCUGUUAUGGGCUCUGGAGAAGGGUCAUGAAGCUACCGCAGACUUAUUGCUUGCAAAGGGGGCUAGUAUUCAAGAUCCAUCGAUUUAUGGUUGGGCAUCACUAUUUCGGGCCCUCGAGUCCGGUCAAACUGAGGCACUGCAAUCAUUACUCGACAGGAAUUUCAACAUCAAUGAGCGAAAUGCUCUCGGACAGACUCCGCUUGCCUGGGCAGCUGAGCGAGGCAGAGACCCCAUAAUAAAAAUGCUGCUUGACAAAACCCCUGACCUCGAGGCGAGGAGCAAUAACGGCCAGACGGCAUUAUCCUGGGCUGCAGCAUAUGGACAAGUUUCCGCGGUCAGAUUAUUACUCGACCACGGUGCAAAUAUUGAAACUCAAAGCAGCAGCGGCCAGACACCGCUGGCCUGGGCUGCAAUGCAUGGGAGGGUGGCCACUGCAAUGAUACUCCUUGAAGCAGGCGCGAAUACUGAAAAUCAGUGUCGCGAUGGGAAGACACCCCUGUUAUGGGCCCUGGCGAAGGGACAUGACGCAACAGUGGAUCUUUUGCUUCUGAGCGGUGCUAGUAUCAACUUUCAUACCAAAGAUGGCCGGAAAGUCGGAUACAAGCUCGUGUAG